GGCGCCAUUAGUGCGGGCUUUAUAAGUAGAACACGGGUACUUCACACAAUCUCACCAGAAGAAGGAAGCAAAUUCUCAAUGAUGGUUAUACUUCUUCUCUUGUGUUUCUUCACUGUUGCAACUUGCGAGAAUUGUGUCAGUCCGACGCUGGAGGUUGUGACACAAGGUGUAAUGUGCAAGACACCAUCGACUGACCUGACGGAUGGACAACAUGAUGUUACUCAAUGUGGAAUUUGGCUGUUCUGUACCUCGGGGAAGGUGUCUGCAUGUCGAAGCCAGGCGGACCAAAGUUGCCUUUCCAUCGACCAGGAAUGUUCCGCACUAGUGCAAGAAACCAGCACCUCUACCUUAGCUUGCACAACAAAGAGAAGGCGACGUGACCUGCAUCAACCUGCACGACGUUCCCCAAGGUCUGUGUCCGCUCGACUUGUUGACCUAAUAUACCGACGUGAACGCUCGGAGGAUAUAACUACAUCGACAGAAGACACUUAUCAUCAUGAUUUUACAACAGUCCCUCCAACAACAACAACUACAGCUACAACGCCUCCAGUAACUACAACAUCUACGGUAGCAGCAGAGCCGGCCACGACCACAACGGAGAACGUGGUGAUUGAUAUUUUUACAACACUCCCUCCAAGUACUACAACGACAAUUACAACGCCUCCCACUUCCACAACGACACCUACAAGGCCUCCCACUUCCACAACAGCACCUACAACGCCUCCCACUUCCACAACGGCACCUACAACACCGCCAGUAACUACAACAUCUACGGUAGCAGCAGAGCCGGCCACGACCACAACGGAGAACGUGGUGAUUGAUAUUUUUACAACACUCCCUCCAAGUACUACAACGACAAUUACAACGCCUCCCACUUCCACAACAGCACCUACAACACCUCCAACUUCCACAACGGCACCUACAACACUGCCCACUUCCACAACGGCACCUACAACACCUCCCACUUCCACAACGGCACCUACAACACCUCCCACUUCCACAACGGCACCUACAACACCUCCCACUUGCAAAACGGCACCUACAACGCCUCCAGUAACUACAACAACAAGGGCAGCAGCAGCAGACCCGGACACGACCACAACGGAGGAUGUAGUGGUUGCUGAUUUUACAACAGCUCCUCCAACUACAACAACGACAUCCCCUACGUUAGUUAGGAAGAAGCGUGAGCUUAAUGACGAGUGGAAAAAUGAAGAGGUUGGUAGAUCAUUCACAUCAGCGUUGAAGAAGAGAAGAAAUACAGUCGAGGAAAAGAGGAAGAAGACGAAAAAUGACAACAGCCAGCUGUUGAAGUACAUCGCAUCAAAAAUGCGACGUGGCAAGAAAUUUUCUAUUUUGUUCGCCAUACUUGACGAAAAUAUAACUUUGUAAUCAUUUCUGAUUAACAGCCUGGUCAAUAUGGGCUCAAAACGUGUCAUAUAUAUUACUCAAAGGAAGUUAAGGAAAGCUCGCAUACAGUCAUAUGACCAGACUUGGUGUCCUUUACUGUUUUCUAAUAAUAUAUAUCUACUGUCUUUCUGGGCAGAUUUAAUGUUUCUAAUUUUGUUCAAGAUUAAAAUUAAAAUGGUAUUUAUGAUUUCAAAGAAAUCACAUAACGGCCCCCUUUAAUCAAAUAAAC